UCUCUUACCAAAUUCAUUAAAAUAUAUGCGUAAAUCACAUGAUUUUAUACAAGUGAAUGCGUGGUUGUAUAAAGCCAUGCAACAUCAACUUAAAUCAUCAAACCAGAAACAGAAAAAUAAGGCAUGUUCUUGCUAAAACAACUCAGAAUGCCUUGCCAAGUCUCCCAUCUUUUGGUAGUCUUCCUCCUCUUUUCAAUCCAAUUCUCCAUAUCUCAGUCUAAAACCUUGAAAUUUGAAGGGCAAGCUUUCAAAUUCUUUCAAAAUAUAGAGCAAGUCCACAAGGGCCAAACUGUUGCUGGGCUUAUUGAAGUGAAAAAAUUCCUUAUUAGAUUUGGAUACUAUCCAAAUCCAGAUCAUGUCAAUCAUCUAAACAAUAAUUUUGAUGAUCAUUUGGAGUCUGCACUCAAAGCAUACCAAAACUUCUACCAUCUCAAGGUUACUGGAAGUCUUGACUCUGAUACCAUAAAAAGAAUGAUGAUUCCACGAUGUGGAGUGCCUGAUCUCACCAAUUUCACAUCCCUGAAUCAGUCCAGAAACUCUAACAUUGGUUUGCUUUAUGCAUAUCCAAAUGGGAAGCCAAAAUGGCACAAAUUUAAUCUCAGCUACUCAUUCCUCCCUAAUGUCCCCAAUACUCCAGACGUGAAGGCUGCUUUUGCAGAAGCUUUUGUAAGUUGGAAGAUUGUAUCCCAGUUCAAUUUUCACCGAGCCGCUGCUGGUGAAGCAGCAAAUCUUGUGAUUGGGUUUUAUACCGGUGCUCAUGGAGAUGGAUUCCCUUUUGAUGGGCCUGGCAAAAUAUUGGCUCAUUCUUUCUACCCACCAGAUGGAAGGUCACAUUAUGAUGCGACUGAGAAUUGGAGUACUCAUCCUGCCAAGGACCAAAUGGACUAUGAAUCUGUGGCUCUUCAUGAAAUAGGUCAUCUCCUGGGCCUUGCACAUAGUCAGGAUCCCAAUGCUGUCAUGUACCCUACAAUUGCACCAGGGGCUAUUAAAAGGGAUCUCGCCCUAGAUGAUGUUAAAGGCAUACAAGCUCUGUAUCCUCUUUAA